GGCAGUCCGGCUCGGCGGGUGCAGAGGACGCGUCGGGCAGAGUGAGCGGGGAGCCAUGGAGCGCCUGGUCCAGCGGGUGCGCGACGCUUUCCAGAGCGGCCGGUCGCGACCCCUGAGGUUCCGGCUGCAGCAGCUCGAGGCGCUGCGCAGGAUGGUGCAGGAGCGCGAGCGGGACAUCCUGGCGGCCAUCGCCGCGGACCUGAGCAAGAGUGAGCUGAAUGCAUACAGCCAGGAAGUCAUUACCAUUCAUGGGGAAGUUGAUCUCGUGCUGGAGCAGCUUCCUGAGUGGAUUACUGCUAAGCCAGCCAAGAAGAACCUGCUCACCAUGAUGGAUGAGGCCUACAUCCAGCCAGAGCCCCUGGGGGUCGUCCUGAUUAUCGGGGCUUGGAACUACCCCUUCGUUCUCACCAUGCAGCCACUGAUCGGAGCCAUUGCUGCAGGAAAUGCUGUGAUUAUCAAGCCUUCUGAACUCAGUGAAAAUACAGCCAACCUCUUGGCUAAGCUCCUCCCCCAGUACUUGGACCAGGACCUGUAUGUUGUGGCGAAGGGUGGUAUUGAGGAAACCACCGAGCUCCUGAAGCAGCGGUUUGACCACAUUCUCUAUACCGGAAGCACUGCGGUGGGGAAAAUCGUCAUGGCAGCUGCUGCCAAGCACCUGACCCCUGUGACGCUGGAACUGGGCGGGAAGAGUCCGUGCUACAUCGACAGAGAUUGUGACCUGGACGUCGCCUGCAGACGCAUAGCCUGGGGGAAGUACAUGAACUGCGGUCAAACCUGCAUCGCUCCCGACUACGUUCUCUGUGAACCAUCUCUCCAGAGUCAAAUCGUGCAGAAGAUUAAGGAAACGGUGAAGGAAUUUUAUGGAGAAAAUAUAAAAGAAUCUCCUGAUUAUGAAAGGAUCAUCAAUCUUCGUCACUUUAAGAGGCUCCUGAGUUUGCUCGAGGGACAGAAGAUCGCUUUUGGUGGGGAGACGGAUGAGGCCACCCGCUACAUCGCCCCAACAAUACUUACUGACGUUGAUCCUGAAACCAAGGUGAUGCAAGAAGAAAUUUUUGGACCAAUUCUUCCAAUAGUGCCUGUGAAGAAUGCAGAUGAAGCCAUAAAGUUCAUCAAUGACCGCGAAAAGCCAUUGGCUUUCUAUGUGUUUUCUCAUAACAACAAGCUCGUCCGGCGGAUGAUCGACUGCACGUCCAGCGGGGGUGUCACGGUCAACGACGUGAUCAUGCACUUCACGCUCAGCUCCCUGCCCUUCGGAGGCGUGGGUUCCAGUGGGAUGGGAGCUUAUCACGGAAAACAUAGUUUCGAUACUUUUUCUCAUCAACGUCCCUGUUUAGUGAAAAGUUUAAAGAGAGAAAGUGCUAACAAACUCAGAUAUCCCCCGAACAGCCAGUCAAAGGUGGAUUGGGCAAAAUUCUUCAUUUUGAAACGAUUCAGCAAAGGAAAACUCGGUCUCCUGCUCCUCGCCGUCCUGGGCAUUGUGGCCGCCGUGCUGGUCAAGAAACACCGGGCUGUGCUGAGGAGGGAGGCCCCACUGGGCCUCCUGGCGGCCCAGGGAGCCGUGUGAGCGGACGUGUCAGAAACCAGCUGUCUGUGGGAGUGAGGCUGUGUACUACUGAAGAGUGGCCUGCUCAGCCUCCUCGCUGCCCCCACCGAAUCAUUCCUCUGAGAAGCAGUUCAUGAAGCCAUAGGUUUAGCAUCCUACCAAAAACGGAAAGAGAAUAUGCAGCCCUGCACUCAACCCUGACGUCAUUGCCAAGCGCCAUGGAUGCAACUUGCAUUUCAGCCAAAUCCCAGCAUUCCCCCCUGAGGACACUCAGAACCCGCUCUGGACUGUGCUGCCGGGCUGGGGCCGGGGAAGGAGAAGGUCUGGAGCUACCCCUGCGUCCCCUGGGAGCUCGGAGGAGCCUCAGACCCGCCCAGGGACCGCCUCCCCCCGUUCAUGGGACAUGGGACACCCCGCCCCGUCCCUGCUGUUGCCUCCAUCACUCUGGAAACUUUCAAGAGUUCAGUCCGGAGAGAUGAGGAUGGAUUUUCCCCGGCUCUAGAACUGGGGGAGCUGGGUCCCUGUCCCUCGUUCACCCCUUGGGACUUGUGGACCUGACCUCCAGGAGUUGGCCCGCCCAUCAGACCAGUGGUGCUCCUCCGUUCUCGUCCGUUCACCGUCCUGCCUUGUGUUUGGUUGUGGCAUCUCUUGUCCCUGCCACGGAGGCUUAUUGUGACGGUAACCCUGAAGCAUCCUGUGAGCCCUAGGACUUCCGGGAAGACAGUGCCCGUUUCAUUCGGGUGUCACCUGUCACUCUCACGGUGUAGGCGUUACAGAUCCUACAUCUUACAAAACCUAACUGGCAUUUUCAAACGUCGUAGUAGGAGUGCUGUACUUACCAUUCUUAUCCUCUGUCAGGGCCCUGAAAUUGCAAGUUAGUGGUUUUCCAAGGGCAGAUCUUUACGUUUUUUAUUCUAUAGCAACAAUGCAAGUAAGUUUCACUCUUUAAGCUGCAGAGAGGCCCCGUGUGGGGAACCCAUUUCCUGUCUGUCGGGGACAAGAGGCCUUGGGUGCUCAGGACCUGGGGGUGGUCCUUUGGAGAAACCUGCAGGAGGACUGGACGCCGUAGCAGUUGGCCAGGCUGAGGGGAUGGAGGGCCAGCAGCCGCCCGCUGGGGAAUGUGCUCGAGGAGCCCAGAGGCGGGCGGGCGCCCUAUGGGGCCUGCUGAGGGGCUGGCGGCCAGAGCCCCACCUCCCCCCAUUUGAAACAGACUCCGCCCACUCGAUGAGAGAAUGUAAUUCACUUUAUGGAAUGUAUAAUCUGCUUCGUUGAAUGAGUUUGUUCCUUGAAGACGGUCUGAAGUAUGUCUUUAUCACAGAAUGAGGCGUCAGGAAUUAAUCACUACACUGGUUUAGGAAAAAGCUGCUUAAACUAUAACUAUAGAAUAAUCAUAAUUUCAAAAUGGCAUUUUCAUUUAGUAAAUUGUAAUUAUAAUUUCUAAUUAAACUAAAUUAUUGGCUUGUCUACUAGUAUAUUCUGCUUCAAAAUAAACCAUUAUAUUUGAUGAAAG